AAGUCUGGUUUAUAUAUGUGGUGAACGUGUACUGUAACACAUUAAACAUGUCGUAGCUUGUGUGUGAGUGAGGUUAAACAGUCAUGUGUCGAUCCAUGUGAGUUUUAACCGCUUGCUUGAAACAAGUUUCUUCGCAAAAUGACACAAAUUGCGCAGGAAAAUAACGAAUUGAAAAGACUACUCAAUAAUCCAGCUAAAAAUGCGAGCGAGGAUGGAUCUAUGGCUCCACCGUUGUCGACCAACGUGCCGAAGCCAAGCACGUCGCAAAAUGUUAAUCCGCAAUCAACAAUGGUCCCGUUGACACCGGCUAAUAGCACUAAAGAAGUUCUGGAGCCUUGUUUGCAAAAUGUAGUCUCUACAGUUAACUUGCAAACAGAACUGAAGCUCAUGUACAUUAAUGUAAGAACUAGGAACUCUGAAUAUAAUCCAGCGAGAUUUACUGGAUUGAUAAUGAGAAUACAGAAUCCCAGAGCGACAGCACUGAUCUUUCGAUCUGGCAAAUUAGUAUGUACCGGUGCGAGAAGCGAGGAAGAUUCACUUUUGGCAGCAAAAAAGUUUGCCAGGAUAAUUCAAAAACUUGGAUUUACCAUAAAGUUUACCUGUUUUAAAAUACAGAACAUAGUUGCAACAUGUGAUUUGAAAUUUCCAAUUAAAUUGGAAAAUCUAAAUGCCAAUCAUCCUCAGUUUUCUAGUUAUGAGCCAGAGUUAUAUCCAGGCUUGACGUAUAGAAUGUUAGCACCUAAAGUUGUAUUAUUAAUAUUUGUGAAUGGCAAAGUUGUGUUAACAGGAGCAAAAAAUAGGACCGAAUUGCAAAAUGCAUUAAAUAAUAUAUAUCCAAUAUUAAAGAGUUACAGAAAGCAGUAAUAUUAUUUGUUCAUACUAGAUAAAUAUCACAAAUAAAAUAUUAAAGCAUGUACAUAGGUAUAAAAAUUCAUUGUACAAUCGAAAGGAUGUAUUUCUAUCAUGACUGAUCUUUGAACGCUAUAUAGAAUAAGAAAUUUUUUAUUUUGUAUUUUUAUAUAUUUUUCUCGUAAUGAUAGCAUAACUGAGAUAUUAAUAUUUUGUGUUAAAUUUAUAUUUUCAUAUUAUGUGCUACAUAUCACCUAUCGUUAUAAUUAUAUUAAAAAAUAUUUUAAUUAAUAUGUAAAUAAUUUUUAUAUAUUGUUUAGUACUUAUGUACAUAUAUAUUUCUUUGUAUCUUAUAAUAAUUAAUGUAAUUCAUUAAGUAACUAUGGUUUAAAAAUCAUGUAUACUUUUAUCUUUUUGUUGAAGUUUAUAUUUCAGAGAUUUUGUAUAAUGAAAAUAAAUAUUUUUCGAUAUACUAUAUAUUGAAAUAAAAUAUAAUUGACAAACAUAA